AUUUCAUUGAAAUCAAGCCACAGCCAUUCCCCAGAAACAAAUAAUGCAACAAUAAAAUGAUACUUCGGUCUAUUCCUCUUCUUUGGCGGCUCAUUAUCGGCCUGUUAUGUCUAGUGCUUCCUCAAAGCCUGGCACGAGCGGGAAAUGAAGAAACCUGUUUUCGAUCUACCUUUGACAUCAUAUUGAAGCAGCUGACCGACCCAAAGUCGGAAUACAUUGUAUGUCCCGACACAACCAUUGAAAUUGGCCGACCGUCUUCUCCAGACUAUGACGAAUACGAAGGUGGAGAUUGGCCAUUAAUGCCGCUAGGACCCAAUGUAGUGAUCAAGUGUGGAGAGUCUGGAGAAAGCAAAAACAAUUGUGUGCUCAACUCUUCGUUUUUUCAUAUUGCAUCCUUCCGAAACCUUCCAAAACUGGGACUGUUAUUCAUUAAUGCUGACUACUUUUUGGUUUCUGGAUUUACAUUGGGUGGCACUGGCAGCCCCUUUCAUGGUGUCCCACCUGUUUCAGUGUCAUUAGCAGCUCCCGGAGAGCUCCAAGUUCUUCACGAUAUGCAUUGGAAGCAUGCACAUCUUGGGACCGCCUUAAGUGUGGGAGAAAUGCCACCAGUUUCACCUGAUCAGGUCCUUGACGAUUUGAGUGUGUAUGUAACCCUGAGACGAAGCUCCUUUCAGAGUGUGACCUACACAGAAGACUUGAUCUCCAUGAAACGACAAUCUCUUAUAGUGAAAAAGACGAUAUUCGCUGAUGUUGCCGUGGCCAAUCACUAUUGCCAAAACUGUCACUCCUCAUUGAUUGUUUGUCAAACAAACGAGGGGUACCCCACAACAACCAACGCUCAUGAAACCAGGACGAAUCGUCAUGAUGCAGCAUACUGCACCGUUAAAAACAACUGCUUCUACGACGUGGAAGCGACACAAACGCUGCUGCUGAUUCAAGAACACGGAUACGGCUCUGUGGUACUAGAUCGACAACGAAACUUUGUCAGUGGAUUCUAUGUGGUUGGGGAUUUGCCCCCAUUGGAAGUUUGUCAUCAUGGUCACGGACUGCUUCCCCACUACAACACGGCAGAGUUUGUUUCAUGCGUCCAACUGCAAGAUAUUCACUACUGUCCCGUGUUGGAAGAAGGUACGCACAAUUCGGAGGAUCCAUAUUACACCCAUUUUUAUGAAGAACCGGAGCCACUGGAAGACUAUCAUGUGGUCCAUGUAGAGCCCUCGGAACAUGAUCACAACGAUCAUGGAUACUGGAACACAGACACAAUCAGCCGAGAUGAGGACGAUUACUUUCCAUCCCAGCCAGACUUGUCAACACGUACGCCCCCUUGCAGUCGGUCCUUGCCCUGUGGCCAAUGUGAAGGUGAUUGCGAUCAUGACAGCCACUGUCGAGGCAAGCUCAAAUGUUUCCAACGACAAGGAUCAAGCAAAUGGGACAGCGUCCCCGGAUGCUCAGGUAGCGGCAAGAAGGCCCAGGAUUACUGCUACGAUCCAAACGACGCGUAGAGGAUGGUACAUGGAGGAUCCCGUGUUUGGACACUGGAAGGAGCCAUUUUGCGCAAUCUUGGAGCAGAUUUGGAACCGACUGACUAAAUUGUUGAUAGGUAGUGGAAGGCUCAUAACUUUAGAAGUUAAAGUUACUUCUGCUUGGUAUCCGAAUGCUGGUAGCAAACAAGGACAUCUUUGGUUUUUUCCACUAGUUUCCGUAUUUC